UUGUUGUUUAAUUUUUAAAUUACGGUUUACUUGAAAAAUGGCAGCUUUAAAAAAGAGAACAAACAAUUUUUCAAGUGAUGAAAAGCGUAUUUUAACGGAGUUAGUGUUAAAAUACCAAAAUGUAGUUGAAAAUAAGCGCACCGAUGCCACCACAAAUUCCACUAAGUUGCAAGGGUGGAUCCGUCUAGCAGAGGAGUUUAAUACUAUAAGCUCGUUUUGUCAUAGAACCCAUACAGUCUUAAAAUGUUGCUGGGAAAAUAUUAAAAGGCAGACUAAAAAAGACCGAGCAGACAAGAAGAAAAAGCUAUUUAUGACUGGUGGUGGAAAACCGCCAACACCACCACCAUCUAAUACCGAGUCUACAAUAGUUGAGGCUAUAUUAGGACCAGCACUAAAGGGAAUCCCAAGUGAUUUUGACACCGACAGUGCUACAUUCAGUGAAAUUAUAGAAGUAAACACAACGGAUCAGAAUGAAAAAGUUCAUGUAAUAGAAGGCGACUCUGAUUAUGCAGACAUAUUAAAAGAGGAUAAUGAAAACAUUGCAAAGGGUUUAUUGAAAGAAAAGAAUGACAGUGAUAAUGAUACCUGGAACUCAUGGACUCCAAAGAAUCUAAAAACACCAGUAUCAAGUAAUCUUAAAGUAUCUAGACAAAGUGAAGAAAGCUACUUAAAAAGAAGAAGACCUAAAAUUAAUUGCUUGAGUGAUGAAUUGGUAAAAGAAAAAAUUAAAUUAAUAAAAAUAUUACAAGAAAAUGCUGAGAAGGAAGCCCAAAUUAGAUUGGCUAUUUUGAAGGAACAAUUAAAGCAAGAAGAAAUAAAGACCCAAAAGGUUAUGAAUAGUUAGUUAUUUUUUUAGGUGUUAUACCUACAUGUAUAUUGUAUUGAUAAUAAAAAUGUUCAGGGAUAAGGACAAAAA